CUUUAAGUGACACAACUGACAGAUAAUCUUAAAAUUUUUAUAUCCUACUUUCCUAAAUGUUCAUUUUAAAGCUUUUUCAUUUCUUGAAUGCAAUUCAAAAUGGCUCAUUUGUAAAAAUAUUCUGAUGUGGUAUUAUCCUGAGUGACCUCAGACUGCGUUUUCGCAGUCUUUUGAAAAGAUUAUAUCACAUUUGUAUUUAUCAGUUUCUGAAUUAUCUCCUCUAACAUUUGUCUCUAAAACUAUCUGCCCCGCAUCAUUUUCUUUGGGCUAAAAUUAUACUAAAUGUCUUUAUUUCACUUGAUUAAAGCUAUUCUUUUUUCUCCCAAACACAUGUAAAAUAUGUCAUUCUUAUCCAAAAAGUGGGGCAAAAAUUACGUAACUCUUCUUUUUCAUGUGUAACAAAAAAUAUGGAAGUCACAAUAAAGGAAUUGAAAAACAGGUAUUUUUAGCUAAAUGCAGGAUUUACUGGACUAUGCAUGUAACAAGAUUCAACUGUUUGACAGCAAGACUGUAAUACAAUGCUGAAAUAUAUUCACAUAAUAAAAAUAUUUUUGCUUAAAGGCAUAACUACCUUGUGUAAUUAUAUUUAUAAAAAUCAGAAUAACCUUUUUUUUAAUUUUUUUGUUUAUUUAUUUGUUCGUUAUUGGUAUUAUGCACUGUAUUUUAAAUGUGUUAAUUUUUUUCAUUAAAAAAAAACGUAUUUUUGACCUUACACCAAGUGAGGCGCACUAUUUUUUUAGACCCUUGGACUACAUUUCCCAUCUCGCGGAGGCGUGUCUUAAGCGGAGGCGCACCAACCAGCGCUUUGAUUUCCCUCCGGGAGUUUUCUUUGCGAAGAAGACUUGUACUUACAAGAAACACUUUGUGCUUCCACGGAAACCCGUGCUGACCGGCAAAACAAACAGAAGUUAGGACGGCACCAGAAUCCGGUACUAGGUGUCCCUCCUAGACAUUUUAAUGAUCUAAAGAACGUCACUGCAGGGACUUUCCCUCUGAGCAGCACAAGUUAUGUAUCAGGUGGUACCAGGAGGAGCAGGGGGAACAAUUACAGAUGUCAUCCCCAAGCAGAAACACACCAAGGACACUCGAUCCUUAGUUGGGGCCGGAGUAAUCGGUUUGAUUCUGGUAAUUGCGGCUGUAACGGCCUGGUGUUACUACAUCGCCUCUCUGCGCAAAGCUGAGCUGUUAAAGACACAGCUGCUGGAUCUGAAUAAAGAUGGAUAUAUUAUCCGCAACCAAGGAGGGUCCAUCGUUUUCAAGAUGGAUUUCAGAUCUGGGACCCUUGAUUUGGACUCUUGCUCUAAAGAAGGAGAGCUCCUCAGUUGUGACCGAACCACUGACCGAAAACUUAAAUUCUUCAUCAUAACAGUGCGACCAAAGGAUCCAGUGCAGUGCUACCGUGUGCGCUGGGAAGAACUGGUUCCAGACAUUCCUGUUGAGCAUGCCAUGACCUACGAGUUCGGACACUGGUAUGGCGGUGCAGUGACUGCCAAUCAACACUGGCCUAUUUCUAUUUCUGGUCAGCAGGCUCCCAAACCCUUUGUUACAAAUGACAUCUACUCGAACCGUAAUGAAUUUGGAGGAAUUUUGGAGAGCUACUGGCUUUCAUCCAACGCCACGGCCAUCAAGAUCAACAAUUCUGUUCCGUUCCAUCUAGGUUGGAAUGACACGGAGAAGACCAUGUACUUCCAGGCAAGAUACAAUGACAGUUCCUUCAAGCCAAACCCAGGCGAGGCACCAGUCGCUGAACUUAGCUAUCGAGUUUGUGUUGGCUCAGAUGUGACGUCCAUACACAAGUACAUGGUCCGCCGAUACUUCAACAAACCUUACAAAGUACCUGCUGUAGACAUGUUUAGACAUCCUAUUUGGUCAACUUGGGCUUUGCAUAAAAAUGAUAUUGACCAACAGAAACUAUUGAUGUAUGCUGCCAAUAUCAGCAAAUAUAACUUCAACUGUAGUCACCUUGAACUAGACGACCGUUACACAAGACACUAUGGAGAUUAUGAGUUUGACCCCAUCAAGUUUCCAAACGCCUCAGCCAUGUUCAGUAAACUAGAAUCAUAUCGAUUUCUGGUCUCACUCUGGAUUCACCCUUUUGUUAACUAUGAGUCAGAAAACUUCCACACCUGUGUAGAAAAGGGUUUCUUUGUCCGAGAACCAACAGGUCGACUGCCGGCUUUGGUACGUUGGUGGAAUGGCAUUGGGGGCAUUUUGGACUUUACAAACCCUGAAGCCCGUGAUUGGUUUGCUUCCCAACUACGUUCACUGCGUACCAAAUAUGGAGUUUCUUCUUUUAAAUUUGACGCAGGGGAGACAAACUACCUACCUUGGAAAUUUAGUACUAAAACUCCCAUUCGGGACCCCAGCUUCUUUACUCGGCGUUACACUGAAAUGGCCAUUCCUUAUAACGAUAGAGCAGAGCUCCGUAGCGGUUACCAGUCACAAAACAUAUCCUGCUUCUUCAGACCAAUUGACAGAGAUUCGGUAUGGGGCUAUGAACUGGGUCUCAAAUCUCUUAUCCCCACUGUGCUAACCAUAAGCAUUCUGGGAUAUCAGUUCAUUCUACCAGACAUGAUUGGAGGAAAUGGUUACCUGAACCAUACAAGUGGAAUCCGUGCAUUACCUGAUCGCGAACUCUACAUUCGUUGGUUAGAGCUUUCAGCCUUUAUGCCCUCCAUGCAGUUCUCUAUCCCACCCUGGGAAUAUGACAAUGAAGUUGUUGAAAUUGCUCAAAAAUACACAGCCCUCCAUGAAAGUAUUGUAGCACCUCGAGUUCUCGAGUUGGCAAGUGAGGUUCUGCACACGGGGGACCCAAUAGUUCGUCCGCUUUGGUGGAUUGCCACAAGCGACGAGACGGCAUACAAAAUUGACUCCCAGUUCCUGAUUGGGGACGAUCUCAUGGUAGCUCCUGUUCUAGAACCUGGAAAGCAAGAGCGUGACAUCUACCUCCCUGCUGGUCACUGGAGAAGCUACAAGGGAGAAAGAUUUAACAUCGAGAAGCCACUGCAUCUUACUGACUACCCGGUAGACCUGGAUGAAAUUGCAUACUUUGUUUGGGUAAAGUAGUGAAGGAAAAAAAAACUUGUUUGUCUUCAAAUUUAAUUUGCCUUGAAGACAUGCCUCAGUUUUCACGAUUUAUCAGAGGAAAAAUGUGAACUAAGAUUAGUUGCAAAGUGUUUUCAUUUGCAUGACAUACUUUUUUAUUAAAAGAAAUUCAUAGUAACAACUUAAAUCCGCAAAUGUGACACCAACAGUUUAAAGAUGUUGAAAGUCCUGCCUUAUAAUGUUUAAUUUUUUUAAAUGUUACUUAAUUUUGACUCACGAAUGCAGCAAACCUUAAAGUGUUUUGCAUAUUAAGACAUUGUUGUCAAAUUCUCUGAAGAAAAACCCAGAGACUGUCCAUAUUUAUUCAUUGUAGGGUCAUGAUAAAAGGUUGUACAUCUGUAGCAUGACGAGGCAGAGGGUCUAAAAAGUCAACAGACUGCUCUCUGGUUGUUAGGUAGCAUGUGUGUCAUAUUUAAAUCAUUAACAAGUGCUGACUCCUCUGGGUCGUUGUAGCUUAACAGACUAUGUCUGUGGCUGCAGAUUUCUGGGAAAGUGCUUUAGAAUGGGAUGAAUCCUGUCAAAUAAUAAGUCAUGAACAUUUUUGUCAUUUUGUGUGAAUGUCUUUAAGCCAUAUGCAUUGAAAGCUGUAGGAAAAAAGGGAAUAUGUAGAAUGUGUAUUUCAAACCCUUAAAGUUUUUAUAUAGUUGAGCCUUAUCAGCAAAGCUAGCUGUAGCCAGAUUCUAGUCUGUACUAUAUUUUUAUAGACUCAUCUGUUCUUGAUAAUACAGGAAAGUCAGUUUUUUUCAUUUACAUAUCAUCACCAAUGCUUUACAUUUAAUCUUAACAUACUGACUAUGGUGCAAAGGGUUUUACUGUCUCUUUAAGAUUUGCCAUUUUUGCUCAGGUAAUGCUUCCUCAGGCUUUGGUGCGUUUGAGGGUUUAGUAGUGAUCUUUAUUAAUGCCUUUGAAUGCAGGAAACAGCAAGUAGACCUAUAAUGUCUUAUAUAGUCACUGCAACAUUUUAUAAAUACAAGCUUCUGUGUUGCAUUUUCUUUCAACUUUUUUUCUGUUUAUGGUUUAAAUGAUGCUUCAUCUGAAAUGUUGUGUGUUAUUUAUUUGAAUAUUUGGAUGUGAUUUUUGACCAAGUGCAAUUUCACAUGUGAUGCCGCAGUGUCUUAAUAUAUAGUUUUGUUUAGACGUGUUUGUAUUAAUCAGCAAAAGCUGAAAAAGGAAGGUGCUUAGCUCACUUCCUGUACAAAUACCAUAGAUUUUCAGCAUCCGAAGUCAAUCAAAAUGAUCUUAAUCUUUGCCAAUGUUAAUGUUUUCUGGUUUUUGUUAAAUUUUGUUUAAAAUCAAUUUAAGUUACAGAUAUACAGGAUGUAUAAAUUUGCGACGCAUAAUGUCAGCUUUAGGCUUUUGAAAAAAUCUUACCCCAUUCAGAUUUUCUUUAAAUGUCUUAUCUUCUGUAAGGUUUGGUUCCAAUGAUUCAUAAGAGGUUGAGAAGAAUUCUGGUUUUCCCACCAGAUUAGACAAAUCCCACCUACUGUCUGCUUCAUGUGCUUUUCCCCCCUUUUUUGGAAUGUAUUUAUCCUUUUUUCUUUUUUUUUAACAAGUUGUGCAGCCUAAUAGUUGUUCGCCUUUGCGGUCCUCACUCAGACCUCAUUUGUUUGUGCCUUAUGACAUUACAUCAAGCACGACAUCUUAUAUCUAUUUAUAACAGUUUAGCUCGGCAUCUGGGACAGGGCGAAGAAGCUAUUUCUGCUUUAUGACAAACACCGUUGGACCUCUCCCUGAACUGAAUGUUUCUUUCCUUUUGGUCCUUGUCACUCAGCGUGUUUCAGUGUGUGCACUAUGUUUGGGAGUGAAAGGUUUUGUCAAAUGUUGAUGCUAUUUUGAAUUAAUUUAAUAAAAAAGAUGAUAUACG